AUGAAGUUCUCUACCUCACACAAACUCGUCGCCGCAAUGGCCACCACGGCCACGGCGUUCCCAUUCGCCGCUCUGCAAGAUGCUGCCAGGGAUCCCAAGAUCAUGGAGAUUGCCAACGAGCACUUGAAGCGUCAGGGAGUCGCUACUGCUGACGCCGCUACACUGGUGUUCGAGCCCGUACCCAUCUUCAAUGCUGAGAAGCAGUACAUCGAUAUCUCGGAGGGGAGCGGGCAUGCAUACGUUGCUCCUGGACCGAACGACCUUAGAGGACCAUGUCCUGGACUUAACGCCUUCGCUAACCAUGGCUUCCUUCCACACAAUGGAUACGCUACGAUCCCUCAGUUCCUCGAUGCUACGAUGAACGUCGUCGGUAUGGGACCUAUCCUCGCCGUAUUCCUUGCUACUUUUGGCGCUGUCAUCGACGGGAGCGGUACUGCGUGGUCGAUUGGAGGCACUCCACCGGCCUCACUUGGGGGUCUCCUUGGCGGUGGUAAUGGUAUCAGCGGCUCGCACAACAAAUACGAAUCCGAUGCAUCGCCAACCCGACCCGACCUCUACCAAGAAGGCAAUGACUAUAAGACGAAGGAGUCCCAGUUCGAUGAUCUAAUCAACACCUCACCCGGCGGCUACGUCGACCUCAACUCCCUCACCGACUUCCGCAGCAAGCGCUUCGAUCAGCAGAUCAACGACAACCCCUACUUCUUCAACGGCCCAUUCACCGGCGUCCUCGUCCAACCCGCCGCCUAUACAUUCAUCUACCGCUUUAUGGCCAACCAUAGCGAGGAACAUCCAUACGGCCAGCUGAGCUAUGACAACAUCGCCACCUGGUUCGGCAUGACGGGUGAGCCCGGUGCUUGGACCGCCAAUCAGGGCCAGGAGAAGAUUCCGGAGAAUUGGUAUCGCCGUGCGCUUGAAUACCCUUACGAUAACUUUUACUUCUUUGGAGAUGUAAUUAACGCAGCAGCAUUGCAUCCUAAGUUUCUCGAUGUUGGGGGUCCUUCCGCUGACCGAUGCGUCCCGUAUAGCAACACCGGCACGACCAACUCCUUCACCGGAGUCGAUAUCUCCAACCUCACAGGUGGCGUUCUCAACGCAGGCGAUCUCACUCAAGGCAACAAGUUCGCCUGUCUCGCUUUCCAGGCCGCCGCGCAGGCUAAGCCGGAUGUGCUUCUCGGAGCGAUCACGCAGUUGACGAACAGCAUUGGCGACAUUACGAGCAAGCUGGCUUGUCCACAGUUGCAGGGUAUUGACGAUGAGCAGUUGACGCAGUUCCCUGGGUACGCGAAGAGUCAGCAGUAG